GGUUGCGCCCAUGAACACAUGUGUUUAUGUUUCUUUGAAAGCAAUGAAUGAGUGAUUUCAGCAGCUGUUGUACCCUUCAGAUUUGACAUUGUACUGUUACAGUUGUAAUUCAAACUGAAGAUGGGGGAGUUUAGAGUGCACCAUAUUCGCUUCUUUGAGUACAAACCCAAGGCAAUUCACUGUCUCGCUUAUACAAAAGAAUGGAAGAGACUAGCUGUUUCACGAUCUGACGGCUCACUGGAAAUAUGGAGUGAACAAGACAAGUGGUUUCAAGAAAGGGUUAUUCCAGGAAGUGGAGAUCGGUCAAUUGAAGCUGUGAUAUGGCAAGGGAAGCGAGUCUUCACAGCAGGACUUGAUGGCGAGGUGACAGAAUAUGACUUGAUCAAACUGCAGGCCAUGCGCUCUGCCUUUUCCCAUGCAGGACCUAUUUGGUGUCUUACACAGAAUUCCAGUGGGACAAGACUAGCUGCAGGGACGGAAGAUGGCUGUGUGGUUUUAUUUGAUAUUGAAAUGGACAAUCUACAGUACCUGAAGUCAUUUGACAAACAAGAAGGUCGUAUUUUGUCCAUCGCUUGGCAUGAGGGUGAGAACAUUAUAGUGACCGGAGGAGUGGACAAUAUCCGUUUGUGGAGUGCCAGCUCUGGACAUGCUAUCCAGCGACUGACCAUCGGCCGAGAAGAGGUCUCUAAAGAGACCAUCGUGUGGUGUGUCACCGUCACAAGUGACCUGACAGUCAUCAGUGGAGACUCCCGUGGUAAGACAUGCUUCUGGAACGGCAAGAUGGGAACUCUCAUUCGGAGUUUCCAGAGCCACAAGGCCGACGUGUUGUCUCUCUGUCUCAAUGAGACAGAGGAGAGUUUGUACACAGUAGGAGUGGAUCCCACCAUUGUCCAGUUUGAGAAGAUCAUCUAUCCUGGGGAGAACAACACUGGCAAGUGGACGAGGUCAAUCGUCCGGUCCAACCACACCCAUGACAUCCGAGCCAUCGUUCUGUCUGGGGACACUAUCAUCACAGGAGGUGUUGACACCAACCUGGUCCUGCAUGAUAUCAACCCAGCUAAAGGCAAGGGGAGGAAGGUGCCUGGUCUGCCGCAGCGCCCCCUGGUGAGUGUUGCCAAGGAUGCAGGCCUGCUGUUGUUGCAGUAUCCAACAUCCCUGGAGGUAUGGCGGCUCGGCGCCACCAAGAGAAAGUCAAAUAUCCAUGGGGAAAUUCUGCCGCUGGACACCAAGCCACUGAAACUGGUCCAGCUGAAGGCCAAGAUAGGAGAAUGUGUCGUCUGCAGUGCCAUCGCAACUGAUGGGUCUCUGAUUGGCUACUCAGAUGAGAGGAGUAUCCGGCUGUACAACUUUACUGUGAAUGAAUCAGAUGACCUUCAACCAGUUGUGACCUUGACCCGAAUUAAGGUCAUUGAUGAAGACAUCAUGCCAGCUCAUCUCAUGAGAUUUAACGUCCACAAGCAACUCAUCUCAGCCUCAUGUUCAGCAGCUGUUCAAGUUAUAGAUGUCAAGGACACUGAGGUCAAGGUCAAUCACACGUUCCAACCACUGAAAGAUGUGGACUCCAUACAUCUUCUCAGUGUGUCCGCGGAUGGGGAUCACGUUGCCGUGGCCGACCACAAGAAGAGGGUACGAGUCUACAACAUUACCAGCAAACAGUUAUAUAACUUACCAAGUCAAAAGACCCAGCCGUGUGCGAUGACCUUCUCUGCCGGUCGAAACAACUUUGUGUUGUGCACUGCGACAACUCCAUCUUGGAAUAAUGUGAACAAGUCGGAGCUGACCAAGUGGUGUCGGAGUCACAGUCAGAGCCUGCCAGGUCACUGGAGGAACAGGAAGAGCAUCAUCACCCAGAUCUCCCCAGACCCGCGUAACCCCCAACAUUACUUCUUUCAUGAUGAAGAAGUCUUCUGCAUUCUGGAUAAAUCCAAGCCAAUGGUCGUACCUGGUAAGAAGAUAAAAAGACAUAAAAGCAAGCAUAUAGACACAACCGACACAGCUUUCUCCUACAGCUCAAAAUACAAGUACAUCUUAUACCUGGAGCCUCUCACAGAGGACUGGAUGGUUGCCGUUGAACGGACCCCAGUUGCAGUCACAGACACCCUUCCAGCCACACUUCGACAAAAGAAGUUUGGUACAUGAUGGACCUUCAUGGAAGUAUUACACGAGAGACUUGAGUGGGAUGGGUUCUGAGUUGAAGAAUAAUCCUGCUUCAUGACAUAUAUGUCCUGCCGACUUUGUACAGGGGGUAUACAAAAUUUCUAAUUAUCACCAAGAUGUUUUCAAGGUAGAAACUUUAUUUCGAUUUCUUGUCCAUAAGAUUUUUCUACAUAGUCACCUUCCAGAGUUACACAUUUCUCCCAACAUUUCUUGACCUUGCACAGACGGCCUGAAUAGAAUCCCUGAUAUCAUGAAAACCAUCCCUCCACCUCUUCAAUGACCUCAUUGGUAUCGUCAAAACGGAGUCCACAUCUUGGCUCAACUGUGUGGCACAUAUGACCGGUUUGAAAAUGCCUUUUCUAUCUCACAACAGUAUCAUAAGAUAUCUGCACCAAAAACAGAUUUCAUCUCCUCGUGAAUGUGUCGGGCAGUGCAACCCUUCAAGUGCAAAAACUUGAUAACGCUGCGUGCCUCCAUUUUCUCCAUACAUGGGGUUACUCAUGUUUUGGGUCAACUUGCACAAGAUUGAAUUAAGUGAUGUAAAUAGUUUUUGGUCCAUUAACUAGAUAAGAAUCACUGAUGUUACCUUCAAAUUUUCAUAAUUUCUCAAUAAAUUCAUGGCAAUAAUUAGAACUUUUUUAUAUCCCCUCGUAUCCAGAGGUUACCGAACUGAAGGAGUGGACUCCAAACAGUGUUACAGGGCUGAAUUGUCAUGGAUAUUCUUGUUACUGAAAUAAAUACAUAUAUACUA